AUGGAGGGUAUCCAUCUCAUGCAGCUUCCAGAAGAGUUGCUAGAGGCUGUGCUGAGGGAGGAGACCAAGCUCACCUUUGUGGGCAACGAGUCUGAUCAUGUCGUUCUGACGACUGAGAGCGAGUCGUACUCUGUCCGCAUUGCCGAGACGACCAACUCGAUGCUGAUCGUGCCCGAGGCCGGGAGCGAGCUCCUCCCCGAAGGCGAGGUGGAGGCGGUUGGCGAAGACGUCGGCAACGAUGGCGAUGCGCGAUUGGCGCGGUACAUCACCAACACGCUGUUCGAGUACUACGAACUGACAAGAACAACGCCCAAGACCCGCCGACUGAGGGAGCUGCUCAAGGCUGCGGCGUACGCAGGCGCCGAGCUGGAAGAGGCGACCGCCGGCAGCGGCGGCAUCGGCGACGUCGACGCUCUCUUCUCCACCGAACAGCUCCUCGAUGCUGUGCAAGCUUCCGAGGCCGAGCUGUUUGUGGCUCUCGCGGAGCUUGGCGCUGUUGAGAUGGACGGCAAGUGGCGAACGCUUGCGCCCGAGUACACCGCCACCCUCCUCGACCUGGUUAUCACGGUGGCCGACGAGCUGGGCACCGAGCUCACCAUCGACCCGCUGGACAUCCGAACCGUCCUUGCUGCGGCACCCGAGUACAACCCGGUUGCGCUCGAGCACGUUUGUCUUCUCUUUACCGAUGAGCGCGAUGACGGGUCGCUAGUGUUGUCGGCGGGCAAGGUGGCGCGAUUCAAGGGCGUGGAGCUGCUGCGGCUGGCGACCUCGGACUGGGUCCUCUCCGAGUUUCUCGCGGCAUGGCGUAGCACGGUGCCGGUCGACUUUCAUGCUGCGGUCGACCUCGCCACGCUGUACGGCACGGCGGUGGUGACCGCCCCGGCGAGGCGGUGUCGAUGA